GAAAACAUCGCUAGGAUUUCUGUUUUCAUGCUGCUUAUCGGGUUGGUCGUUUGUUCUUCAUUCAUUCGGGCCUGUGAAAGACCGUGAGCGGUUUUCGCGUACACUGAUGUGCGAUACGAGCUCGUACAACUUCAUUGUGAAGUAGCAGCAGCAGCAGCAUCCGCGCGCGACAAUAUUUUAGCGCUCUUGUAGGAACAUGGCAGCCGCGACUGUGGCUGAUGCGGACCCAGCAGAGACCGAUGGAGCUGCCGCCGCAGCCGCAUUUACGGAUCUGCCCGAGCCAGGAUGGAAUGAGUCGCAGCUUCGACAAUAUACCUUCCAAACCAGACCGAUACCACGACUCUCGCAUACGGAUCCGCGUGCAGAGGUUUUAAUAAAUAACGAGGAGCCAGUUGUAUUAACAGACACCAGCUUGGUAUAUCCAGCUGUGAAGUGGGACAUACCCUACUUGCAAGAGAACAUUGGGAAUGGGGACUUCUCUGUUUACAUGGCAGAAAAUCACAAAUUCUUGUAUUAUGACGAGAAGAAAAUGGCAAACUUUGAGGACUUUGUGCCCAAGUCUCGUCGAUUAGAGAUGAAGUUUUCAGAGUUUGUGGACAAGAUGCAUCAAACAGAAGAGCAAGGUGGAAAAGAAAGAGUGUACUUGCAGCAGACUCUGAAUGAUACAGUAGGCCGAAAAAUAGUGGUGGAUUUCCUUGGAUUCAAUUGGAACUGGAUUAACAAACAGCAAGCUAAACGAAACUGGGGACCGCUGACUUCGAAUUUGCUGCUCAUAGGCAUGGAAGGCAAUGUGACACCAGCACACUAUGAUGAGCAACAGAAUUUCUUUGCACAAAUCAAAGGACAUAAGAGGUGCAUCCUAUUUCCUCCUGAUCAGUUUGAAAGCCUCUAUCCUUACCCUGUUCAUCAUCCAUGUGACAGACAGAGUCAGGUUGAUUUUGAAAAUCCUGAUUAUGAGAAGUUUCCUAAUUUCAAAAAUGCCAUUGGAUAUGAGGCUGUUGUGGGACCAGGUGAUGUCCUAUACAUCCCAAUGUAUUGGUGGCAUCACAUUGAGUCCUUAUUAAAUGGAGGGGUGACCAUCACAGUGAACUUCUGGUACAAGGGUGCACCCACUCCAAAGAGGAUAGAGUACCCAUUGAAAGCUCAUCAGAAGGUGGCCAUAAUGAGGAACAUAGAGAAGAUGUUGGGAGAGGCCUUGGGGGACCCACAUGAGGUUGGUCCAUUGCUGAACAUGAUGAUCAAGGGACGUUAUGAUCAUGGACUGAGUUAAUGUCCUGAGCUGAACCCUCUUUUGUGUGCUGCUAGGACAGUCUGUUUGUAUAUAUGUGUGGAUAUGAAUCUACAAUAUGCUUGUGUGUGCAUUCAGACUGUUGAAAUGCCAGUGCAUGGCAGUAUUUUGGAAGUUGAAAAUAUCUUCAGCCUUUUGUCUGCUUUAAUUUACCGGAUGUUUAUUAGUAGUUCUGUGUUGGUGUAAGGAGAAUACCACAAGUGAGAAAUCUGAUUUCUCCUAAAGAGUUCUUAUGUACACAUGUGGUGACACAUUACAAAAUAAUAAAUGGUCUAAUGCAUUAGCUGAACCUGUAAAGCACUUGCACCACUCUGAGCGCCCUUUGUCAGUUUUUGCCCCAUGUUGGGACAAAGAAGGUGCCAUAUGUCAUGAUUAGACACCUGUGGUCUGCAGAAUGAAACUGGCAGAGUGCCUUGAAUACAUCCACAGAGGAUGAUUUACAACUUGAAACCUACAGUCGGCCAGUUGAACGGUAUUUAAUGGUUGAUACGGUCGUUUUUGAAAAAUCUCUCAGAACAAUAUUUGUUUAUUUUGUGUUUGCUUUUGAAUUUGAUCUGAUGACUUAACAAGUUUUCUGUUAGGAUACAGGUUAUGCAGAAUGCUUUGGUUGGCCAAAAUGUUUUUAAAACAUUUUUGAUACUGAAAUUUGUUCUAAUUAAUUAUAUUGUAAAUGCAUUUGUGAUGUUCCUUUUUUUUCUUAAGCUAUGUGUACAUUUAAAGCAAAAGGUGUUUUAUGUUUCUUGUAACAUAACAUGGUACCAUUUCAGUCGGGAUUGUAAUUCAGAACAAGCUACUCACAGUGUAAUAAUUUAUAAAGAUUAUUAAAGAAAUAAAACAAAUUGUUUUAAUUUAAAAUAAAUUUUUAGUUAUG